AUGGUUGAGGAUGCGGUUUCGCUUGUAAUUAGAGCUGCUUUACUAACAGAUCUAAAAUUAGAUUUCUUUGUGGUGUCGUAUCAUACAAAGCUACAACUUUGUUCACGUGAAUCUGAAUAUAGGGCACAAUUGUGCAAGCUUUCGUAUCGAGUGGAAGGAAAGGAUGUGAUGGGUAAAAUGGUCAGGAAGACUGCUAAUUCUGUCUUCGUUCAGAGACUGAAUAAUGCUGAACGAGAAAGUCUAAUCACAGUCGCGCAAAAUCACGUGGCAGACUUAUUAUAUGCGCAUGGUGAAGGCAAACAAGUGUUGAAGUUGUAUUCCGCCAGAUGCAUUGCGUAA